AUGGUCUUUCUUGUGAUGCUGGCAUGGCAAACGUUCAACGCUCUCUUCGUGAUCCGAGCUGUCAGCAAAUAUCUAGUUGAAAUGGUACCUGAGUAUGAGCUCUGCAGACAUCUGGACUUCCAGGCUGAACGGAGAGUGGGCAAUGGACCUGUUGACUCCAGGGAGGAUAACACGCCGUCACAAGAGACCUCCCCCUCACCGCUGGCCUCUCCAGCAACCCCAGAAGUCCUAGAAGCUCCCGUCUCCCCCAAAUUGGCGGGGACUGAGAGCCGGGUUGAGAUGCUCAUCGAUGCGUUAAUUGGACUCAUCAUUGAUGUUCCUGUUACGGACAACACAUACUACCUUCAUUUGGAGUGCAUCAAUACUAUGUUGGUGCUCAUGUCUGUGUACAUGUUCGCCGGCGUGCAUGGCCAGACGCGGUUGGUCGACACGUCUCUUAUAUACAGAACCCUUUUCCAAGGUCGCUACGGAAUGCACGCUCCGCUUCUAGUGAAGACGUUACUGAACAACUUGUCGAGCAUGCUGGCAGCACCUCCGAGCAUGUUCGGAGCUCACGCCGGCGGGGGGAGCCUGCUCAUCAACUUGGCUUCUGGCCUCUGGAACAUGAUAACCUUCAACUCAACAGCUCGGCAGACGAUAUACACCAACCCUCCACUGGACAGGCAGGAAUUGCAGGAACGAGUGAAGAAGGAGCAUCCUGUUGCCAACCAGUCAUGUCUCCUAUUGCUGACACUGGCUAACCAUUGUAUGAAUGAUGAUAACUUGUAUAGGAACGCUUUGUUAUGCUGUGAGGAUACGGCGGAAACUUCAGCACCAACACCACAACGAGAAUCGAACGGUGGAUCACAGGUGACACCGCCGAGAAUCGACAUGGCCGCUUUGCAGAUUGUCCCGAUCCUGCAAGUGUUGUACAACGCCCCUGAGAACAACAACCACCAUAUCUACAUGUCGCUCAUAGUGCUGCUCAUACUCACUGAAGAUGACGCGCUUAUCAAGAAUGUGCAUUUAAUUAUGCUAAAGAACCUAACAUGGUACACUGAACGAGCGAUCUCUGAGAUCUCGCUGGGCGGUCUGAUGGUGCUGGUAGUACUGCGGGCGUUACAUUACAACAUGGUGCGCGUUCGGGACAAGUAUCUGCAUACCAACUGCCUCGCUGCCAUCGCUAAUAUGAGCUGUGAAUUCAGGAACUUACAUCCAUAUGUAGCGCAGCGGCUUAUAUCACUAUUCGAAACGUUAACGAAACGAAGAGCUAGGCUCUGCAGCGAAAUUGAAGGUGGCGAUAUAAAUAAUUUAGAACUUCCACACAUAACUGAAGAGAAGACAGAAGAAAUUAUGGACCACAUAUCCGUGCUGGACGAGGUGCUCCGCAUGCUCCUGGAGAUCAUCAACUCGUGUGUGUCGCACCAACUGGCAUCGAACUCCAACGUCGUGUACGCGCUGCUACACAAGCGACAUCUAUUCACUCAGCAUACACACCACCCUGUCGCGCAGAAUAUUGAUAUGGUCAUAGGCUACUUCUCAACGCGUCUACAGCGCGUCCAAGAGGGCGCUGGCGGCGAUUUAGGCGUUAACGAGGUGUUGCAGUGUAUCAAAAAAGGGGCUGAGCAGUGGUCUAGUGAUAGGUUAAAGAAAUUCCCCGACCUAAAAUUCCGCUACGUUGAAGAGGAAAGACCAGAAGAAUUCUUCACUCCUUACGUUUGGAGCCUCGUCAACUCGUGUGGCGGAGUGUACUGGGCGAGUGAGGGAGGAGCGAGGGCGUUAGGAGACCUCCUCGCUUGCUGAUCAUCACUCAGGUGUAAAUUCGUGGAUAUUAUGAUCAGGACUCUAAUGUGCCGAUGGUACUACGAAUUGUAGUUUAAAUUUUGUUUUAAUUUCCAAUAAAGGAGGUUCUUUAGCUUUGA